UGUCUUUCUUCUUUACUGACAAAAUUGGUGAAGCUGAAGGACUACAGCUAGGUUGUAUAACUCCAUUCUGCAAAAUUUCUUUUACCAUAUUUUCAAUUUUUUUCCUUAUGUAAGAAAGAACUCCUAUAAGGCCUUAUAUUUACUGGCUUAGCAACUGGAAUGAGAGGGAUUCUGUGGUCUAUAGAUCUCUUUGAUGGUAAGUGUUUAGUUUCUUGGAACACUGCCUGGUAUUCCUUUAGUAUAGCCUCUACUUCAACCACUGUUAUUCUCUGGUUCCUCUCUUCUUGAACUUCUAAGGAAAAGAACUGACCAAUGUAACCAUAAACAACCUCCUUAAAACUCUUAUGUAUCUUUAUAAUCGAUACCAUUUAUAAACCGGCAUCCUCUACAAUUCCUUUUAACUCGAUCAUCCUUCCAUCCUUCUUAAAAGACAGUUUCAUCUUGUAAAAGUCAAAUAAUAUUGGUGAGAAUAUCCUCAAGCAAUCAACUCCCAAUACUAUAUCACACCUUCUCAACUUUAAUAACCUCAAAUUAGCUAGAAAUUCAUGCCCCUAUAUGAACCACUUGAAUUUUAGGUCAUAGGCAUCACAUUUCAUAAUGUUACCAUUAGCCACUAUGACUGUCAGAACUGUGGUUUUAACAAUGACAGCUUUGAGUCCUUUAAUCACCUUCUCAUCUAUGAAACUAUGAGUGCUUCCACUAUCAAUUAAGAUGAUCAAAUCCCUUCCCUGACAACACCCUCUAAUCAAAAUGGUGCUAUAGGCAUAACAAUCAGCAAAGGCAUUCAGUGACAUCCCAUACUCUUCAUUUCUGAUAUCUUUCAUUACAUCCACUCCAUCCUCUUCUUCUGCUUCUAAGAAUUCCUCCUUUUCAUCCCCCCUUCCCUCAAUCAAAUGAAUCCCUUUAACACUACAUUUAUGUUCAGGUACAAAUUUAUCACCAUAUUUAGAGCAUAAUUCAAGUUUCCUUCUCUGUUUAUAAAUUGUAUUUGUAGAUCUUUACACUUCUGUUAAAUUGUGCAUGAAGUGUGUUAUGUUAGGUUCUAUGUAUAGAAGAGGAGCUACUAAAGUACACAGUGGGGGUGAAAAUUUUAAGACUUAAGGACAGGAUCCAAAGACCAUCUGCAGAUUAGCUGUGGAAAACUCUAAUUUUCUUACUGCAAGUAAUUCAGAAUCACGAGUUUCACAAGAAACAACUUUAAAUGGCGUGUGAUUUAGGAAAGGAUUUUGUUCCCUCACCUUUAACUAUGCCAUUGUACUGUGUCCUAACUUUACACUGUAAUCCUAUCCAUGCAUGUUCAUAUCUUGCACAGCACUACUGAAUCAAGAAAUUACUUUCCUUGUUCCAUUUGUAUUCGUCCUCGUACAUAUUCCGAUUUCUUGAAGCAAUUCUUCAACUUUCUUAGUUGCAAAUUCUAGGCUAAACCAUUAUUUGUCAUACUAAUAAAUCCUUGACUUGUUCAAAAGAAGCUUAAUUAAUGAAUGGAAGCUAGAUAACAAAAGGGUAGGCAGAAAAGCAAAAGGGAAAAAACAAAGAAGCUGAGACUCAAGUAAAGUUUUGCAGUGGAUAGAACUUUGAACUACGAUAUGGAUUACGACCAAAGAUCAGAGGCUCUCUCUGGCCCUCACUGGAAGGCUGAUGGCUCUUCAAUAUCGUCAGAUAAAGCAUGUCCUGCAACAUGCAGAGUGCCAGCAAAGGCUCUAAAUAUUACAUGGGGCAAUGAUCCCCGGUUUUGGCAAUGGAUCAAACUUUCAGAAGUGGAAACAAGGUCAGUUGGUUUCGACGAAGGUGCAAGGCUCCUUCAAGUUAACUGGAUUGAGGUCACUGGGAAAUUGCCCACAACUAUGUUCAAUGUUGCUUCAACUACAAAAUACGAAGUAUAUUAUGUCAUGAAAUUUCAGGUUGAUGCAUUUGGUUGGCAUUCUGUUCCAAUCAAGUUCAAGGUAAGACUCAAUGGACAAGAGACGGUGAAAAACUUUGUACUUGAGUCUUACAAGGAGAAACAUGAUGUGUGGCAAGAGAUUUGCGGUGGCGAAUUUACAGUUUCAAAGAAUGCAGCUGGAGUUGUAGAAUUUGGUAUGUUUGAAGUUAAAAGUGAGUGGUGGAAGGGUAGCGUGGUUCUUGCAGGUAUCAAGAUUAGGCCAAAAGAAGGUUAAUAGGGGGGGGAUUUUUUUUUUUUUUUUAAGAGUUCUAAAUCUGGAAAUUUAGGCUAAUUUUGUGUUUUUCUUUUAUUUUCUUUUUGAUGAGCUGUGUUGUUUGACAACAAACAAUAAAAUGAAAAUGACUCUUAUCGGUGUCAAGUCCUGUGAUAAGGAUUUGGCAGGCAGAACAAGCUCCAUAUUGCAUAAAAGUAAUCCAGGAUUCUCUUUUUAUA